AUGGACAAAAAACCCUGCAACUCAUCUCAAGAUCCUGAAGUCAGAAAAGGGCCAUGGACCAUGGAAGAAGACUUGAUUUUGAUCAAUUAUAUUGCAAAUCAUGGUGAAGGUGUUUGGAAUUCCUUAGCCAAAGCUGCUGGUCUUAAACGUACAGGAAAGAGUUGCAGGCUUCGAUGGUUAAACUACCUUCGUCCCGAUGUUAGAAGAGGGAAUAUUACACCUGAGGAACAACUUUUGAUUAUGGAACUUCAUUCAAAGUGGGGAAAUAGGUGGUCCAAAAUUGCAAAGCAUCUUCCAGGAAGAACAGACAAUGAGAUUAAGAAUUUUUGGAGGACUAGGAUACAAAAGCACAUUAAGCAAGUUGAUAACCCUAAUCAACAAAAUUUUCAACAACAAAUGAGUUUAGAGAUAAAUGAUCAUCAUCAUCAUCAUCAUCAUAAUCCUCAUCAACCAAGUAGUAGCCAAGUUUCUAAUUUGGUAGAGCCAUUGGAAACUUAUUCUCCAACUUCAUAUCAAGGAACUUUGGAGCCAUUUCCACCUCAAUUUCCAACUAUCAAUAAUGAUCAUCAUCAAAACUCAAAUUGUUGUACCAAUGACAACAAUAACAACAGUUAUUGGAGCAUGGAGGAUAUCUGGUCAAUGCAAUUACUCAAUGGAGAUUAA